GACAUAUGUAACCAAUGCAGCGAAGAAGAACAUCCAUGUUAUUGAACGCUGCAAGAGCAGCAGUGACGGCUAUCAUGGUAACGUUAGACGGCUAGAAGUCACGCGAUUUAUUUCCCAAAUCAUGGUGUACUCGUGACAAAACGCCUUUGCAAAGCAGCUAAACGCACACUAACAUAGGAAACGGCCUGGGCAACUGUGUUGGCUAACUAAGCUAACGUGAGCUAACGUGAGCUGACCACAAAGGGAUGGUAGUUAGCUAGCUAGCUAGCUAGCAGCUGCUGAUAUAACGUUACUGUAUUUGUAGACCGCAAUCAUGAGUGAAGAUGAUAAUUCAGCAUCAGCAAACAAAGACAAAGACUCGACUCUCCUGCUCACUAAAGACGGACAAAGGUACUACGUGAGUAAGAGUGGAGUAGUCGACAGCAGAAAUGUGAUAACGCCUCACGAACCGGACAACAAUGUCUCCUCUUACGACAUGGAUGAUGCGGACGAGGAGAGCGACGUUCUGGACACUUCGGAUCCCAGAGACAGCGCCGCCAGCCCGGAGGAACUCAACGACGAGGAUGCCUCGGAGGGCGACAGCGUCCCCAAACAGUGCACCUAUGAUGGAUGCACGGAAACCACGUCGCAGGUGGCCAAGCAGAGGAAACCGUGGAUGUGCAAAAAACACCGCAACAAGAUGUAUAAAGACAAGUACAAGAAGAAGAAGAGUGAUCAGGCCAUGUCCAGUGGGAAAAUUGAUGAAAACUCAGAGGAGCGGCCUGUGUCUGUCAACAAACAGCGUCUAGGUGCAAUGGGGGACCGGCCAACCAGACCCUCCCUGAUAGAGCAGGUCCUCAACCAGAAAAGACUGGGGAUAUGUGGACCCAUGCCAGAAAAAUGCCCCCGACUUUCACUGCUCAGAAGUCCAGAGGUGAUCAGCUUCCUGCAGCAGCAACAACAGCUCCUGGCCACACAGAGCCGCAGCCAAGCACAUCAGCAGUUCCAGGGCUGUUGACGCUGGCCGGUCAGUGUUUUACCUUAGUAUUUGUGAUGCAUAGUGAGCACUGAAGAAACACUGGCACGGCAUGCGUAAAUAGAUAGUAUCGGUACACUGUAACCAUGAAUUUCCCCAGCCAGACAGCCAUGCUGGAGAAAGAAUAACAUUGUAAUCAAGAGACAUUGAAUGGCAUGUUGAGACUGGUGGACUAAACUAGGUGAACUGAUCUAAAUCCCUCAAAACAUUGUGAACUUCUGACCAUGUCUGGUGCUAUUUCUUUUCACAUCUACUUAUUGUGAUUUUACUCUUUAGUUCCCAGAUUCCUUCUUUAAGGGUUAUCUUUCUUCAUGUGGCAAUAAUAAUGAAGGCAUUGGGUUAUAAUUGUCCAGUCCAAGUUAAACAGAUGUUGAAGCCUCAGUUCAACAAAAAAAUGAUCCUGAGCUCAAUUUGAUCCACCCGUCUUUUCUAUCGCUGAUUUAAAAAAAGAAAAUGACAUUUUCUUUGUGUGUCACUUAUGUGAUACUCGUCUGUUUUCGCUACAUUAAUUAUCCGCUUUGUUUUUAAUGUUUAAGUUAAGUGUUGUUACAUGUGACAAUCAAGUGUGUAAUGCAUGUCUGGAACCUCUUUGAGUUACGUGUGGCAUUCAGGACUCGUCUUUAACCCGAGAUUUUAUAUCCCUGUUUAUUUGAAGCUGUUGCACAAACGCUAAAUUCUAACAAAAAGGAACACAACUUAUGUUUGGUGGGAUGAAUAUUGUUCAUGCUAGCCCUGUACUACUGGAUGUUGUUCCUAUGUUUUUUUUGGUUGAAGUGUAUAUGCUGCUGUGAAUAUGAGAGUAAAAUUAUGACGCAAAUAUCGAAAAAUGUC